AUGUAUGCCAAGAUGAAGAUCGAAGACAAAAUAGGCAUGCCCCGUGAAUCGCAGCGUCUUGUCUAUGCCGGCAAGCAGGUCAAAGACCACCAUUCGCUGUCGUAUUACAAUGUCAGCAACAACAGCACGCUGCAGUUGGUAUUGACCCUCUGUGGUGGAUUUGCUGGUCGCUUGUCUACACCUCACACCUUUGCGGAUGUAUCGGAUGGUUCGCUUCUAACUGCGCAUGAGUUUUCUCCAGACGCCCCCGAGUGGCGAGUCUGCAGUAAAGGUCUCAACAUCGAAGGUCGCUGUAAGAAUCGCGACUGUCGUGCCUUCCGACACAUGAUCAUCGACCGCAAGAAGUUUGCGCUCUUCAAUCUUAUCCAAGACGACAAUGUCCGAUGCCCGAUGUGCCGCUCGAAAGUGGAUCCUGUCACUUGCGGGUUGUACGACUGCUGCUGGCGGUACGAGGGGACGAAGGCAAGUGAUCGAUUGUCCAUGUGCUCCCAGUGGAAGGACGCGAAAGGGCACGUGUACCAUCGCUUUGACCGCGACGAGAAUGGAGGGUCUGUCGAGUGGGAGAGUCUACUGAUGGCAGUCAAACCGAGAGACGAAGCGGUCAGUGCGAAGCUGCUGCAAUCGACCAAACCGCUUGCUAUCAGUGCUGACGACAAGUGCACCAUUUGCUGGUCUUCCUUUGGCUCACCAAGUUUUUUCAACUCGCGUGUGACUCAGCAAUGCAGCCAUAACUUCCAUAGCGUGUGCAUACGGAAGUGGGCCAAGUGGUGUGAGCGCAACAAUACCCGACCGAGUUGUCCAAUCUGCCGCAGGAAAAUCCAAUGA